GGAAAAUUCCUUACUUUCACUUUCUCGAAUUGCUGCGCAUGCUUGCAGAAUAUUUUCCCAGAGAAUUAAGUUCCUUUAUUCGCUCUUUGUAGACUUUUCUCAGAUUCCUUUUCCUUCCCAUCGCUGAGAGGAUUUUAUUUUUGUUCCUAUACACAUCACACACGACAUUGUAUAUUGAAAAUGAUCAAAAUAAAAGAACUAAGAAAGACUGUUAGUCAGUAAGUCGAAAGCCAUCAAUAAAAUCAGAUGCUUUUCGUCUCGAUGGAAGUGAAAUUCUUUGGACUUGGACGGAAAUUUUUUUCUUUAAGUUAAUCAAAAUAUUUUUUUUUUCGGUUGUUCCUUGUCGUAUUGAAAGUGACGUCAAUUUAUCAUAGAAAAUUGUCUCAAUCUAUCAUCGGAUGAGAUUUCAGGAAGUCGAAAGGCAUGAAAUGUUGGCAGUGCUACAUGCCGUAUUUCAUAUGUGAUCGCAGAGACAAUUUCCAAAACGUGAUUGUUUUACGUAAAAAUAUAAAAAGUCAUUCGAGACAAAUCGAAACUUGAAAGAAUUAACAAGCAAGCAAGCAUACUGUCUGACUAAAAAAAAUGUGUUUUGUGCGGUUUUGGCAGUUUCGAGAGCUUUAAUAGAUUGUGAAUGUUGAAGAGAAAAUAAAAUUUAUUUAGUUGACAAUUUAUUUUUGUGUGUCUUGAUGAAUAUGUGAUAUAAACACGGGGGCAAUGGAAUUUAAUGGAUAUUUACGACAGCCACAAAAAAAGUGCUGACAAUGAACGAGAAUAAAAAAAGAGGAGAAAAAUGCUUUUUUUAUUGACUUAAUUCAACCAAUAAAAAGUGUUUAAAGCUUUCGGUUUUGUUGCUCUGUCUCGUUCUCGCAUUCUUGUUGAGUCACUGACUGAUCAACGAGUGAUUGAGAGGAAAAUUGAUGUGAAUAAUAAAAAUACUGAAUUAAUUAGUUUAUUUAACAAUAUCAAGUGACGAAGUUUUAAACUAUUACAAUAAUAAAAUGUUAUCGAAACUAGGAAUUAAUUUAAUUGUUUUGCUGUUAAUUAUUGAUGAUAUAGCACAUAGCAGCUGGGAAGAAUGGUGGACUUAUGACGGUAUCUCGGGGCCUGGUUUUUGGGGCUUAAUAAAUCCUCAAUGGAAUAUGUGUAAUAAAGGAAGGCGUCAGUCGCCGAUCAAUGUUGAACCAGACAAGCUAUUGUUUGAUCCUUAUUUACGACCACUUCACAUUGAUAAACAUAAGGUAAUAUCGGGAACAUUACAGAAUUCUGGACAGUCGUUAGUGUUUCGUGUAGAUAAAGACUCGAAGCAACAUGUAAAUAUAUCGGGUGGUCCUUUAGCAUAUAGAUAUCAAUUUGAGGAAAUUUACAUUCAUUACGGUACUGAGAAUAAUCAAGGCUCGGAGCAUCAAAUUCACGGUUAUGCUUUUCCUGGUGAAAUCCAAUUAUACGGUUUUAAUAAAGAAUUAUAUCAUAAUAUGUCAGAGGCACAGCAUAAAGCUCAAGGAAUUGUCGGAAUCUCAUUGAUGGUUCAAAUAGGUGAAACAUUGACGAACGAACUUAGGAUGUUAACUAGCACAUUUAAUAAAGUCACGUAUAAAGGUUCUUCCACGCAAAUAAGACAUCUAUCAUUAAAGUCAUUACUUCCGAAUACGGAACAGUAUAUGACAUAUGAAGGUUCCACAACACAUCCUGGCUGUUGGGAGAGCGUUGUAUGGGUGAUUCUUAACAAGCCCAUUUACAUAACAAAACAAGAACUCUAUGCAUUGAGAAGACUUAUGCAAGGAUCUGAACAGACGCCUAAGGCACCGUUAGGAAAUAAUGCAAGACCAUUACAACCUUUACAUCAUAGAACUAUUCGAACUAAUAUAGAUUUUGCAAAGGUAAAUGAAAACAAUCAACCUAUUGACAAUGAAUAUUAUCGGCCAAUAGAAAAAGUUUUUGAUGGGCAAAUAUCAAAAUAUAAACAAUUAAAUAAGAUUAAAGAACUUCCAGUAAAUGAUACAAUUUCAAGCGAGUCAAUAGAAAAUGAAGAAAAUUUAAGUGAUUCACAAGAUGAUGAUGACAGUUCUUCUACUAAUGAGCCCGAAAAAUCAUUUGCAAUGAAAAAUUCAAUAUUUGGUGCCUUGACUUUAAUGUUAUGCUUUAUUUUUGUAACACUUUUACAAUAAAAUUUGUUGAAUUUAUUAUUUUUUGAA